CGUGGCAUCCAGAAGGCCAAAUCCUAAAAAUCAGAGGCCUCAGUCAUCAACCAUAAAAAAACGUGCCACGUGUCGACCGACCUCCCGAAAUGAUACUCGUCUGGAGCCCUUUCUUGGCCAAAUUCAGAAGACACGAGCUAAUCAGUCACUAUCUGAUUCUCUGUUUCCCUUCUCUCUAAUAUCAAGUUCGCCGGAAAAAUUUUCACGGCGACUCUUAUCGCCGGGAUCCUCUCACCUCCUCAAUGUUCCGGCAACUGUACAAACUACAAUUAAUGACUACCAGUACUAGUACUAAUAACUAUUUAUUUGGUGUUCCAGUGCUAGUGAUUGACGCUAAUUCUGAUAUCUUUAUGUUCUCUCUGCAAUUAAACUUACUGGUAUCGCAGUCAUGGCUAUUCUAUGUCUCGGAGCUCUUGAGCCAAGUUCUCUGGAAAUCUUACUCAAUGUAACGGUAUAGUUAUUGUUCUGGUCCGAAUUUACAGUAACAGUGAGCAAUGGAGUUCGUGCCCCAUUUGGUCUCUGCGACUGAGUUUUCCAGAAUCUUAGCCAAAGGAACGAUCUCCAGCUUCUUCUUCUAGCCCUAAUCUGGAGAGAGCCACUGCGACAAGUAAUAGUGAGCGAUGGCGUUUGUCUCUCUUCUGGUCUCGGCAACUAAGAUUGCUGGCAUCUUGGUCACCGUUACAGUGGCAGGAAACAUCCUCUCAUUUUCUAGAUUCAGGCGGAAAAACCUCAUGCCCAUCAAUCCACCUCUGGCCGAAUCUUCGGACACUCUUGCUACCUUCAACAUAGAUGCAAAUGAGGCAGAAGGGGGAUUCUUCUUUGGAGUUGCAACUGCUCCUGCUCAUGUGGAGGAUCGAUUGGACGAUGCAUGGGUUCAAUUUGCAGAGGAGACGCCAUGUGCACAGUCUUCUUCUUCUUCUGAGCCUGCUGAUGCUUUGAUGGGCUCAGCAUCUGGAGAUGGAGCGUUACAACAGGGUGCUUGUUCUUCUUCUUCUUCUUCUUCUGUUAGUGCGAGAGCGAAGAAGAAAAAUAAGAAGUUUCUUAAAGUAGCAAUGGAGGCCAUGAUUAGAGGGUACGAGAAGUAUGAGGACGAGGAGGAAGAGGAAGAAGAAGAGGAGGAGGGUGAGCAGCAUGUUGAACGUAAGCAUAACAUUGCUGCUUGGCACAAUGUGCCGAACCCGAAAGAAAGACUGAGGUUUUGGUCUGAUCCUGAGACCGAAUUGAAGUUGGCUAAAGAUACUGGUGUUAGUGUUUUCCGGAUGGGCAUUGACUGGACGAGGAUUAUGCCUGAGGAACCUGUUGAUGGGGUUCAAAGAUCAGUCAAUUGGGCUGCACUUGAACGAUACAAAUGGAUCAUUCAAAAGGUGCGAUCUUAUGGGAUGAAGGUUAUGGUGACGCUAUUCCACCAUUCCCUUCCACCUUGGGCAGGAGAAUAUGGUGGAUGGAAACUUGAGAAAACUGUCGACUAUUUUAUGGAGUUUACUAAGGUUGCUGUGGAUGGUAUCUCGGAACUUGUGGACUAUUGGAUAACAUUUAACGAGCCACAUGUCUUUUGCAUGCUGACUUAUUGUGCUGGUGCUUGGCCUGGCGGACACCCUGAUAUGCUUGAGGUUGCAACAUCUGCCCUACCAAUGGGUGUUUACACACAAGCCUUGCACUGGAUGGCUGUUGCACAUUCAAAGGCUUAUGAUUAUAUUCAUGCAAACAGUAGCACUGGUUCGAAAUGGAAAGUGGGGGUAGCACAUCACGUUUCGUUUAUGAGGCCAUAUGGUCUAUUCGAUGUACCUGCCGUUGUGCUGGCUAAUUCGUUAACUUUAUUUCCCUAUGUGGACAGCAUAAGCGACAAGCUUGAUUUCAUAGGGAUAAAUUACUAUGGCCAGGAAGUGGUUUCUGGCCCUGGCUUGAAGCUUGUAGCGAAUGAUGAAUACAGUGAAUCUGGGCGUGGUGUUUAUCCUGAUGGGUUGUACCGAAUGUUGCUUCAGUUUCAUGAGAGAUAUAAGCACCUUAAAGUCCCUUUCAUCAUUACUGAAAAUGGGAUCUCUGAUGAGACUGAUUUGAUUCGUCGACCUUACAUAUUGGAACAUUUGCUUGCUAUUUAUGCCGCCAUACGUGAGGGUGUUCCUGUGCUUGGCUACUUGUUUUGGACAAUAUCAGACAAUUGGGAAUGGGCUGAUGGCUAUGGCCCCAAGUUUGGACUGGUAGCAGUGGAUCGUUCCAAUGGCCUUGCACGUAUUCCACGCCCUUCAUAUUUUUUAUUUUCGAAGGUGGUGACAACAGGUAAGGUUACAAAACUGGAUCGGCUAAGGGCAUGGACUGAGCUCCAGAGUGCAGCUAUUGAACAAAAAGCUCGGCCAUUUUUCAGGGAAGUUGAUAAACAUGGACUUAUGUAUGCCGGAGGGCUGGAUUAUCCAAUACAAAGACCUCUUAUUCAAAGAGAUUGGAGAUUUGGGCACUAUGAAAUGGAUGGCUUACAGGACCCACUGAGCCGCUUGUUUAGAACUAUCCUUGCCAUUCUCUUUAUAAAAAAGAAGCAGACUCGUAAAUCUGAUAAAAAGCAUUUGGAACUUCAACCCCUUGAAUUGAACCUUUGAUAUGUUCUGCCAAGUAACAUAUGGAAAUGUCGGAAGCAAUGUACCAUAACUCCUAAGAAUGUAUGAUAUGUGAUGGAUUUUGGCACAUACAUCUGUAGGCUGCUUUAAUCAUUUAUAAGGGUUUGUUACUGGCGAAAGAAAAAUGAGGAAGUUCUUCAAAUAUCAAAUAUUAUUGGGAGGGAGUGGAAUUGUUCAUGA